UGUGUCACAGAGGAGGAAGUAAAAAUGAGAACGUGUGAGCUACAACGUCUAGGACAGCUAAUUCUGGAGACAACUGAUGUAGUAUUUGUGUGGACUCGGCAGGGUAGUGAUUAAAAUGUUGUUCUGCUUUCUUUUUUCUCUUUUUGUGCAUCGGAUUGAGUCGAGUGACUGGGGCAUAACUCCCCCGUCGCUUUACGUCCUGAAGGAUCACACCGCUUACCUGGACUGCGAAUUCUCUUUCCCAAAAGGCCAUUAUUUAACAAAAGCGUACUGGUACAAAGAUGGAUACCUUUUUUUCUGCAGACCCCAAUAUGAUUGUGAUGAUUAUAGAGUUGUGUCUGACCCCAGGGUUAGCAUUUCAGAGGAUAUAUCUACGAGCAGGAACUGCACGCUGACCAUCAACAACGUGAAGAUAAGCGACAGUGGGAAUUAUUAUUUUCGAUUUUAUACAAACACCGAGACGCGGUAUGGUCUACUUGGCACUCGGCUUCAUGUAAAUGCACGGCCUGAGAACCUCACUCUAUCAGUGCCCAAUGUCCUUGAAGCAGGCAACCAAACCACCAUCACGUGUUCUGUGCACAACGUGUAUCCCAGCAAGUCCGCCUCGAUGCAGUUUGAGAGUGAUGGCAUUGAGGGCACAAGCACGCAGCAGACCCAAAAGAAUGAGGACGGGACGUGUGUAAAGACUGUAACAUUUACAUUCAUUCCACAACAUUUUCACAACCGGAAAAACCUCUCCUGCUCUGUAGCGCAUCCGAAUCUCACUCACACCCUGCAAGCUAAUGUCACUUUGGAUAUCAAAUACGGCCCUCGCAAUGUCAGCGUCUCUGUGACUCCAAGCGGAACCAUCAAGGAAGGAGACAGCGUGGUGCUCUGGUGUGGAGCAGACUCGAACCCGGGAGUCUCUCGCUACUCCUGGUUCAAGCAGCCCGCUGAGAGCAGCUCCUGGGUGGGCGUGAACGGGUCGGCAGUGGCCGAGCUCAGGAUACCCCUCGCGUCUCGGACAGACAGUGGCCACUACCGAUGCAUCGCAGAGAAUGCAGACGGUGAAGCAAGCGGAGCCACUUCGCUUGAUGUCCAGUACCCUCCAGACGUGAUGCGGGUGAGCCCCUGUGAUAACCGUAGCCUGUGCUGGGUGUGUGAGGUCGAGGCGAACCCCCUUGCAAACCUCACCUGGCUCGAGGACGGUGCUGCAGGACGGAGGCUGAUGUCGGGAGGGGAACUGCUCCACAAUGGCACUAGAACCAGCCUCAGGAUCCAGAUGGUGCAGCAAAAGGAGGAGCUCAUCUGUGCGGCAGUCAACUCGCAUGGACAGAAACAGGAAGUGAAGACAAUCAACAAGAAAGGUGGCACAGCAUUAAAUACUAUACUUCCAGCAGCAGUUGGGACCCUGGCUGCUUUCAUUACUGUUGUUGCACUGUUUUGCAUUGUGCGCAGAAAAGGAAGAGAGACCAGGCAGAGGGAUUCCUCAGCGGAGGCCAGUCCUGAAGUUAUCUACGAUGUGGUUCAGAAUCUCACAGAGGAUCAGGAGCUGGCAGCAAAGGUGAGCGAUGAAGAGGAGGAUCUGGUUUACGCUGAUCUGGACCUGGCUCCCAGAGGAAAGAGGAAGCCUGUCUCAGAGUCUGAGCUGACAGAAUAUUCGGAUCUCAAAACCGUGGCUCAGCUCAAAGCAGGAGACACAGCAGCAAGCCAGCAGUAACAUUAAGAGCGAACUGCACACAUUUGACAAUUUCUGCAUUUCUAGCAGAAUAGAUAAGUUAUGAAACUACUGCUUAAGGAGGGCUGUAUAGUUUGUAUGCUGUGCAAUAAACAGGAUGCCCCACUAGUUAGUCAUCAUAUAUAAUAUGUGAUUAUGAUACUAAACUGGAAUUUAUCAUAUAUUUUAUAUUUGUUUUAAAUUAAUUACAUUUAAGAUUUCUGUUUUGGAGGUUAUUUUUUUUCCAAUUCAUAAUGAGCUUACUUCAUACGCCUCUGCACUAUGUUUUUUUUUUGUUUUGCAAUAUGUAAAGGGAGAAUUCUUGCAACUAUUACGGGUUCACAUGGGCUUGGGUUAGUCAUCUUUCCUGUUCGAGAACAACUGGUACAGAAAAGGAAGCAACAAGCCACGAUGGCGACAUUAAAAAGUGUUAAGAAAAUUCAA